AUUUCAGAUCUUGGAAUAUUGACAACAAUACGUACAGCAGUUUACUACCAGAAUAUUGAAUUAGCUUUCUUCGCAAGUGUGUUGAGUGUUGUAUUUUCUUUGGUAUUCUUUAUAUCAUUAAAAGCAUCGGAUGGUUUGGCGUUUUUUAUCCAGUUUUGGGCAGUAUUAACAUGCUGCAUAUGGUUCGCGUUAUUUGAUAUUCUGGUACUAGGCUCGAUAAGAUGGAUCAAGGUUCAAAUAGAAAUUUUACAGAGCAAUUACAGAAACUGCGAACCUGCCACUGCUGAGCGAGAUAAUUUUUUGAUAACUGAGGAUACGUACAUACAAAUCGAGAACUAUGAAUAUUUUAAAGUAAGCAAAGGACAGUACGAAAUAAAGGUAUUUGCUCCGUUUGAAACCGAAGAGAUAAAUGUUGUCGAAGAUUCAUUUAUUUUGAGACUAAAAACUUGUAUCAAACACCACCAAGGAAUUAUCAAUUGCAUCGAUAAAUUCAAUGGUACAUUCAGCCUGACAUUGCGCUUUCAAAUGUUGACCAGCAACGCAGUCAUGUGUUUUUAUAUCUAUCAAGCCAGUUGGGCGAUCAAACACAACAAAAGUAUCAUAAAAUGUGUGAUAUUAUUUUUUGCCGUGAUCACCGAAUUAUUUUAUUACUGUAUUUUCGGGACUCUACUAACUCUACAAGAGGAAGCGCUUCGAGAUAGUCAGUACAAUGUACCGUGGCAUAAUUACCUCAACCGAGAAGUUGGUGAUCUCUUGAUAAUUGCACUGAUACAAUCCGUAAAACCACUUGAGAUAAGAGCUGGUUAUUUUUCUGUUUUCUCGGUCAAAACAUUUUUGUCGGUGCUGCAGAAGGCAUCUUCAUUCUAUGCGGUCCUUAACACGGUGAUGGAUUAAAUGUAUUUGAUUUGAAUUUUUGUUCAUCUGGAAGAUACUCGUCAUUCAGUUGAU